AUGUGUUUCACAUUUCUGACUGGUUGUUUUGGUGCAAUCAAUAGUUCUACAAGAUUCAUUGAUUUAGAUGGCGAUUAUAAUACAGUCAUGCACACGGAGUAUUGCCUUCGGGUUGCAUGCCAAGUGAGCACAAGCCACCAGAUCCUUGCCUCUUAUGAACAAGAGAAGCCAGUAUCCCCCAAACUUCAGCACUGGAGCAACAGGAAUACAAGUUCCCACUUAACCAAAGAAAGCCCAACCUCACAGUGGGCUGGGAAGGAUGAUGAUGAAAACGUGCAUUCGGAUCUGAAGGCAAUCAGGGAGGAAAUAAUGAUUGGAAGAGAGGUCGGAGGAGAGAUUAUGGCACGAAGGAAUAGCUGGAGAAAACAAAUGAUAAAGUUCAACUUAUGUUUCUUUUUCUUCUGUCGUGGAUGGUGGGCGUUUCUCUUGCUUCAGCUCCACAUGUUUCAGGCAUUGGCACAAGUUGGUGACUCAGAGUUUCCUUAUAAUUGGUUUGAUGAUGUUGCACCAUAUUUCAAGACUGAACCGGGUUUACCUCAGAUUCAUCUGGAAGGAAAUCGCCUUGUCCUCACUUGCCUUGCUGAAGGGAGUUGGCCAUUGGAAUUCAAGUGGAUAUGCAACGACAAUGAGAUCACCACCUACACCAGCGAAUAUAAGUACAUUAUUCCAUCUUUAGAGAGGACUGAUGCUGGGUUUUACCGAUGUGUGGUACGCAACAGGAUGGGAGCACUCUUGCAAAGAAAAUCAGAAGUUCAAGUUGCAUAUAUGGGAAAUUUCAUGGAUACAGAUCAGAGAAAAACUGUAUUUCAAGGACGUGCUGCAGUUCUAAACUUGCCUCACAUCAUCAGCUAUCCCAGACCACAAGUUACUUGGUUUAGAGAUGGACAUAAGAUUAUUCCAAGCAGCAGAAUAGCUAUAACACUGGAGAAUCAGCUGGUGAUCUUGGCAACAACAGCAGGUGAUACAGGAGGUUACUAUGUCCAGGCUGUGAAUGAAAAAAAUGGAGAAAAUAAGACAAGUCCAUUCACUUAUUUGAGCAUAGAAAAUGUGGAAAGACUUUGUACCCAGUGCAGGAAGAAAGUGGAAAUUGGACCUAAUCAUAAUAAAAGUGAUAGUGACACCCCUGAUAUCAUGGCUCCUGUCAUUGUCAUCCCUCCAGGCAAUACAAGUGUUGUGGCAGGAACCAGUGAAGUCACAUUGGAAUGCAUAGCCAAUGCAAGACCUAUUGAAGAACUGAGCAUGACUUGGAAGAGAAAUGGAGUAAAAAUUACUAACGGACUCCACAAUUUGGGAAGACGGCUUACAAUCACCAACCCAACGUCCUCUGACAUUGGGAUGUACAUCUGUGAGGCUGAAUUAAAAGGAACUAAUUUUGAACCAGCAAGAACAAAAGCCUUUCUUUCUAUCAUAGAGCCACCCUAUUUUACUGCUGAACCUGAGAGUAGAAUUCUAGCCCAAGUGGAAAAAACAGUGGAUAUCAUGUGUCAAGCAAUGGGAGUCCCUGUCCCCAAUCUUGAAUGGUAUAAGGACUCUGUCCCCAUCAGCAAGCUCCGAAAUUCUCGUUACAAAGUGCUAGUGAGUGGAGGUCUACGAAUUCAGAAGCUGCAUCCCAAUGACUCUGGUAUCUUUCAGUGCUUUGCAAGAAAUGAAGGGGGAGAAAUAGAGACACACACCUACCUGGAUGUAACCAAUAUUGCACCAACAUUUACUCAGCGUCCAGUGGAUACCACUGUUACAGAUGGCAUGACAGCAGUGCUCACCUGUGAGGUUUCAGGAGCUCCAAAACCUGCUAUCACUUGGAGAAGAGGGAAACAGAUUUUGGCCAGUGGCUCUGUUCAGAUUCCUAGAUUUAUCCUUCUUGAGUCUGGAGGCCUGCAGAUAACCCCAGUCUUUCUCCAGGAUGCUGGCAACUACACCUGCUAUGCAGUCAACUCUGAAGGAUCUCUGACUGCAUUCGCCAUGCUGACUGUGUGGAAUCGUACUUUUAUUGUCUACCCUCCUGAGGAUAGAACUGUUAUUAAGGGAACUACAGCCACGAUGCACUGUGGAGCUAUUCAUGAUCCUAGAAUUCCUAUCAGAUAUGUUUGGAAGAAGGACAACAUCAUCAUAAAUCCAGCUACAAGUUCAAGAAUUGUGGUGGAGAAAGAUGGCUCACUUCUCAUUAGUCAGACGUGGUCAGGGGACAUCGGUGACUACACCUGCGAGGUUAUUUCUGAUGGAGGGAACGAUUCGAGAGUGGCCCGAUUGGAAGUGAUUGAACUGCCUCAUUCACCUCAAAACCUCCUGGCUAGCCUGAAUUCCUCCCACAGUCGCACUGUGAUGCUCUCCUGGGUUCGACCCUUUGAUGGAAACAGUCCUGUGCUUUAUUACAUUGUGGAGCUAUCUGAGAACAAUUCUCCAUGGAAGGUACAUUUAUCUAAUGUUGAUCCAGAGAUGACUAGUGUCACUGUCAGUGGCCUCACUCCAGCGCGUACCUACCAGUUCAGAGUUUGUGCUGUCAAUCAGGUUGGCAAGGGCCAACACAGUGCGGAAACAAGCAGAUUGAUGUUGCCUGAAGAACCUCCUAGUGCCCCCCCUAAAAAUAUAGUGGCCAGUGGACGCACCAAUCAAUCCAUCAUGGUCCAGUGGCAACCACCCCCCGAAACCGAACAUAAUGGUGUUCUACAUGGCUACAUCCUCAGGUAUCGUUUGGCAGGCCUACCUGGCGAGUAUCAGCACAGGAACAUUACCAGCCCAGAGAUUAACUAUUGUCUGGUGAAAGACUUGAUCAUCUGGACUCAAUAUGAAAUUCAAGUGGCAGCUUAUAAUGGGGCUGGUCUGGGAACAUUCAGCAGAGCAGUUACAGAAUACACAUUACAAGGAGUCCCCACAGCUCCCCCACAGAAUGUGCAAACAGAAGCUCUGAACUCCACAACUAUCCAGUUUCUGUGGAACCCUCCUCCCCAGCAGUUCAUUAAUGGCAUCAACCAGGGAUACAAGCUCCUCGCAUGGCCAGUGGAUGUUCCAGAGGCUCUGAUUACUGUCACCAUUGCUCCCGAUUUCCAUGGUAUCCACCAUGGAUAUAUAACUAACUUGAAGAAAUUCACUGCUUACUACACAUCAGUUCUGUGCUUCACCACACCAGGGGACGGCCCUCGGAGCCCACCCCAACUCAUCUGGACCCAUGAAGACAAGCCUGGAGCCGUGGGACACCUGAGUUUCACUGAGAUUCUGGACACGUCUCUCAAGGUCAGCUGGCAGGAACCUGUGGAGAAAAAUGGCAUUAUUAUAGGUUAUCAAAUUUCCUGGGAAGUAUAUAGUAGAAAUGACUCCCGUCUUACACUUACUCUAAAUAAUACAACCCAUGAAUAUAAAAUUAAAGGACUGUCAUCUCUUACCACCUAUACCAUUGAAGUGGCAGCUGUCACAGCUACAGGGAUUGGACUGGUGACAUCAUCCACAAUUUCUUCUGGAGUUCCACCAGAACUUCCCGGAGCUCCUUCCAAUCUGGUGAUUUCCAAUAUAAGUCCUCGAUCAGCAACACUGCAGUUCCGACCUGGUUAUGAUGGGAAAACCUCUAUUUCCAGAUGGAUAGUAGAGGGACAGAUUGGUGCAAUAGGCGAUGAUGAGGAGUGGAGCUGUCUUUAUGAAGAAGAGAAUGAGCCUGAUGCCCAGAUGUUGGAGAUACCAAACCUCACUCCCUAUACUCAUUACAGGUUUAGGAUGAGACAAGUGAACAUUGUUGGCCCCAGUCCUUUCAGCCCAUCAUCUCGUGUUAUCCAGACUUUGCAGGCCCCACCUGAUAUUGCCCCGGCAAGCGUAACAGUUCGAACUGCAAGUGAGACCAGCCUAUGGCUCCGAUGGGUGCCACUCCCUGAUUCACAAUACAAUGGCAACCCUGAAUCUGUGGGCUAUAGGAUUAAAUAUUGGCGAACUGACCUUCAGUCUUCAGUAAUGGUGCAAGUAAUCAGUGACAGACUGGAGAGAGAAUACACCAUUGAGGAGCUGGAAGAAUGGACUGAGUAUGAGCUACAGAUGCAGGCAUUCAAUGCCAUUGGGGCGGGGCCUUGGAGUGAAAUGGUGAGAGGCCGGACUCGUGAGUCUGUUCCGUCAGCUGCCCCUGAAAAUGUGUCUGUUGAGGCUGUAAGUUCCACUCAGAUUUUAAUAACGUGGGCUUCUGUACCUGAACAAGACCAGAAUGGACUCAUACUGGGUUAUAAGAUUCUAUUCAAGGCCAAAGAUUUGGAUUCCGAACCCAAAACCCAUGUAGUAAGAGGGAACCACACACAGUCAGUUCUCCUGGCAGGGCUGCGGAAGUAUGUUCUCUAUGAGCUCCAGGUGCUGGCAUUCACACGCAUUGGAAAUGGAGUCCCAAGCUCUCCUCCCAUUUUAGAGCGAACGAAGGAUGAUGCUCCAGGUCCACCUGUGAGACUUGUGUUUCCUGAAGUGAGGCUGACCUCAGUGCGGAUUGUGUGGCAACCACCAGAGGAACCCAAUGGGAUUAUUCUGGGGUAUCAGAUUGCAUAUCGUCUUGCAACUAGCAGCCCCAACAAGUUUACCACUGUCGAAGUUGGCUCUACUGUCAGGCAAUUCACUGCCACAGAUCUUACUCCAGAGUCAGCAUACAUCUUCAGGGCAUCAGCAAAGACAAGACAAGGAUGGGGAGAGCCUUUGGAAGCCACAGUCAUCACAACUGAAAAAAGAGAUCGGCCAGCACCACCCAGACAUCUUCUGAUUCCUCAGUCAGAAGUGACCUCUCGGAGCCUACAACUCCAGUGGGUCCCCGGCAGUGAUGGGUCAUCACCAAUACGGUAUUUCACAGUGCAAAUCCGAGAACUGCCAGGGGGCGAGUGGCAAACUUACUCCUCAUCCAUCAGCCACGAGGCCACAGCCUAUGUUAUUGAAAGGUUGAAUCCUUUCACCUCCUACAAGCUCCGGCUGAAAGCAACCAAUGAUAUUGGAGACAGUGACUUCAGUGCAGAGACUGAGGCAGUAACUACACUGCAAGAUGUGUGUGGAAAAACUCCCAAGACUUUGGCAGCAAAAAUACACAUUUUUAGUUAAAAUCUGACCUUUUUGCAGCCACCAAGGGAUGAGAGUCUGAAUGGCCUUCUUGUGGGAUACCGAAUCUAUUAUCGGGAGCUGGAAUAUGAAGCUGGGCCUGGAACAGAAUCCAAGACUGUCAAAAAUCCCUCAGCUCUAAGAGCAGAACUCACACCCCAAAGCAGCUUCAAGACAGUGAACAGCAGCUCUACAUUAACAACGUAUGAAUUAACACAUUUAAAGAAAUAUAAACGAUAUGAAGUGAUAAUGACUGCAUAUAAUAUUAUUGGAGAGAGCCCAGCUAGUGCUCCAGUGGAAGUCUUUGUAGGAGAAGCUGCACCAGCAAUGGCUCCACAGAACAUACAAGUGAACCCUCUCACAGCCAGUCAGCUGGAAGUCAUGUGGGACCCACCUCCUGUGGAGAGUCAAAAUGGGAUCAUACAAGGAUAUAAGAUUUAUUACUGGGAGGCAGACAGUCAAAAUGACACAGAAAACAUGAAGGUCCUUUUUCUCCCAGAAACAAUGGUCAGACUGAAAAACCUGACCAGUCACACCAAAUACUUGGUCAGCAUAUCUGCCUUCAAUGCAGCUGGAGAUGGGCCCAAGAGUGAACCCAGACAAGGGAGAACACAACAAGCUGCACCUGGCGCUCCCAGUUUCCUGGCAUUCUCAGAAAUAACUUCUACUACUCUUAACAUUUCCUGGGGAGAGCCAUUGGCAGCAAAUGGUGUCCUGCAGGGUUAUCGAGUGGUUUAUGAGCCCUUAGCACCUGUCCAAGGGGUAAGCAAAGUGGUGACUGUGGACAUUAAGGGAAAUUGGCAGCGCUGGCUGAAAGUGAGGGACCUCACAAAAGGAGUCACCUACUUCUUCCGAGUGCAGGCUCGCACCAUCACCUAUGGACCUGGACUACAGGCCAACAUUACAGCUGGUCCAGCUGAGGGAUCUCCUGGUUCUCCUCGAGAUGUUCUGGUUACAAAAUCAGCUUCUGAACUAACUCUCCAAUGGACGGAGGGAAAUGCUGGAGACAGGCCCACAACGGGCUACAUCAUAGAGGCAAGGCCUUCAGAUGAAGGCCUAUGGGACAUGUUUGUGAAGGACAUCCCUCGAAGUGCUACCUCCUACACAGUUGGCUUGGACAAGCUCCGGCAGGGAGUGACUUAUGAAUUUCGAGUGGUAGCAGUGAAUGACUUUGGCUAUGGAGAACCUAGUAGUCCCUCCGUAGCAGUAUCAGCCCAAUCAGAAACUCCAUUCUAUGAGGAGUGGUGGUUUCUUCUGGUGAUGGCUCUUUCAAGUCUGAUACUUAUCCUGCUUGUUGUGUUUGCCUUGGUCUUGCAUGGACAGAAUAAGAAAUAUAGGAACUGUAACACAGGAAAAAGCAUCUCCAAUAUGGAUGAAUCAGUUACUCUGGAUAAUGGAGGGUUUGCCGCCCUAGAGCUAAACAGUCGCCAUCUAAAUGUCAAGAGCACUUUCUCCAAGAAGAAUGGCACCAGGUCUCCUCCUCGACCAAGUCCUGGUGGUCUACAUUAUUCUGAUGAGGACAUCUGCAACAAAUACAAUGGAGCUGUGCUAACUGAGAGUGCAAAUCUGAAGGAGAAAUCUGUAGAUGCAUCUGAAUCUGAGGCCACAGACUCCGAUUAUGAAGACGAACUGCCAAAGCAUUCCUUUGUUAACCAUUACAUGAGCGACCCCACCUACUAUAACUCGUGGAAGCGCCAGACGAAGGGCGUCAAGCACCCGUCGGCGUACAGAUACGAGGAGUGCGCCGCCAAUGACACGGAGCCCUACUUCCAGACUGUCAUCACGACGCAGAGCGCGGGGGGCGUGUACACCCCGACGGGACAGCAGGCCCCGGGCUCUCGGACUCCGGUCACAGGUUUCUCUUCCUUUGUCUGA